CGUGGACAUAGAGGCGCUGAAACAUACAUAGUCGCAGCAGAGAAUAUAGUUCAUUCAUAUUUACUUUUUGAUCGCAGCCAGUCGGGUCGCACUCGCAGCUAAAAUAGCUAAUAAUAUUGCGUGCCUGGAAUCCUCCCUUGUAAAAUUUAACCGUGCGUGUGGUGUAGUUGGGUGCAACCACGGUCAAUCAACGUUGAACGGUGUGACAAAUUUCUAACCUUAAAAAAUGUCGAAGCUACGAUUUUAGUUAUUUAUCAUUUUGGUGUUACAUUCACGUAGCACAAGAGUCAUAGCACGUUGCCUCAUUUCCUAAACCAGAGUGAACAGUUUCCUUCUUACGCAGUUCCAAUAUUGUCUGACGUGUCUUUCGGCGUUUGGUGGAUAAAUCGUUUGGCUGUUCUUCUUGUUCUAAUGGGUAAGCCGAGAGAUGUAAGUACGGAAGAGGAGAUAAAUUUAGAUACAAGUGAUGUCCCAUCGCAGAAAAGACAUAAGAAGCAUAAACAUAAAAAGCACAAGAAAAAAAAGCUUAUGCACGAUGACAGCGAUGCCUUUGUAGAAAUUUCAACCGACACUGACCGGAAGAAAAGCUUUCGAAUAAAAAUGAAAAAAGAAGAUGAACGAAAUUUGGAUAAACGUGAAAAGAUAUUGAAAACAUGUGGUUUGAACACAAAUACAAUAAGUACUGCACCUUCUCCAAAAGCAACUACAAAAAAGAAAAUUCCAAAAGGCAAUAAAGGUAAAGAUAGUGGAACUAGCAGUGAAGAAGAAAGGUGGCUCGAUGCCAUUGAAUCUGGUAAACUGGAAGAGGUUGAUGACGAAUUGAAAAAAAUUAAGCCAAAGGAUCCCAAGCUAAUGACAGCGCGACAGAGAGCAAUGUUUGAAAGAAAAACUGAUACGGAACCGAAUCCAGGUGUCGAACAACUCAUGUCAUUACCUACUGGUUACAAAGAAAAAGUCAUGACUGCAGAAGCUAUACAGAAGGCUGCUCUAAAGUCCCUGAAACGGAAACAGCUUGCUGAUGAAAAGAGAGAAAAAGAUAAAAAAAAGACAAUGGAAAGGUUACUUAAGAAGCAAGAAUCUAAAGCAUCCAAAGUUAUCGGCAAAGGAAGAUUAUCUAGACGACAAGUACCGUUAGUGACGUAUCGUUUAACGAUCGAAGGAAGUUCUAUUUCUCUACCACCCGGUGAAAAUUUUCCACUUUCUCCUGCCAAAGAGAAAAGUCCACCAAAACAAAUCUUUUGCGGAGUUAAUCAAUGUAAAAAUCCUAAAAGAUAUUCGUGUUCAAAAACCGGAAUACCAUUGUGCAGUUUAAAGUGUUACAAAACCAAUCUUCUUUUAACUAGGUAAACAAUGUACUACCCUAGAAUAUAUAUAUAUAUACCUAUAUAUAUAUAUAUAUUUUUUUUUUUUUUUUUUUAAUUCUGAAGGCUUGAUUUUAUUUUAUAUAUUUACGUAUACUUAGCAUACAUAGACACACACAUAAUAUAAACUAAUAUAAAUCAUAAAAGUAUUAAUUAAAUAGCGUACAUGCACAAAAAUAUAUACAUAUAAAUAUAUAUGUGUGUACAUGUAGAUUUAUAUAAAUCUCUAUUAUCAUUCAUUUGAUUAAUAAUCUUGGACAUUUUUUUAUUUUCUUUUAAUUUUUGUAAUAAACCAAGGAAAGAGAA